CCGCCGCCGCCCGCGUCCGCGCAGCACCAUGUCCGGCGCGAGGGAGGCCGCGUCCUGCCCCGACGGAUACAGAGAACUGAGCCCCGACGAACUGCGCGAUCUGCUGCGGGACGACGCCAAGAUGGACCAGAUCAUCCGGAUCAACGACAAGUUCCAGGAGCUCCAGGUGGGCAGGGAGAACCUCCUGAUGUCGAACCGUGAGCUGGCGGAGACGAGCCUGGCCCAGAGGCCGCGGCUCCACACGGGCAAAGACCGACUCGCCAACAAGUACCAGCAACUGUCCGACCUGGCGACCUCCUGCUGGGACAAACAGAGCCAGCUGGAGGCUCGAGGGCACAGGGGCAGCGUCCGGAGCGCCCAGCACCUCCUGCAGGACGAGGUGACCCGAGCCGAGGAGCAGUCCGAGGAGCUGCUGGAGAAGUUCAUGGAGGGGAACCUGGGCCUGGACGACUUCCUGGACUCUUUCCAGCGCUGCCGCCGCACCUACCACGUCCGGAGAGCCCAGGCCGAGAAGAUCCAGGAGCUGUGCCAGGCCAAACCCGCCGCCGGCCCCGCCCCGGACCCCGCCGCCGCCGCCGCCCCGCAGGACCCCCGGGACCCGCCGCCCGCCCCGGAACCCCACAGACCCAACGGCUUCCUCCCCCAGGGCCCGCUCCGAGUCUUCCAGGUGCGCUACGGCCUGACGCCCGCCAUCCUGGUGCCCCACUGCCCGCUGUCGCCCACCGGCAGCACCGCCCUGCCACCACCCUCGCCCCUGCCGCCCCUGCCGCCCCCGCUGCCGUCGGCGGUGGGGCUGAGGCUGAUCGGACAGCUGCCGGGCGGGUGGGGGAGCGGGCGGCCGGUCCGGGUGCAGCAGCUGUACCGGCCCAGUCCCGCACACACGGAACCCCCCUGCCGAUAAAACCCGGGCGAGGGCGAGUUUGGACUGGACAGACGCUCCGCCCGCCGGCCACAGACCGACGCUCCGCCCACCGUGGACCGACGCUCCUGGCGGGCGGAGCGGGCGGCGGUUCUUCCUUUACUAAAGAAAAGACUGAGUUUAGUUUUCUUCAGAAGCGUUUGGACUGAAGCACAGGUUACGAAGCACACGGAGAAAAUCUGCCCACGAUCCAGACGCCUCGACUCGUCCUGUUCAACGCCACGAGAAAUAAUCACCACGUUUACACGAGAGUUUAAAUCUGAAUUAAAAUGAAUUCCCCUUUAAAACUAACAAAGUCAACAGAGGGUAAAAUUCAAAGUGUAAAAUUCUGAGUGUAAAAAUUCACAACAAAGAUCCAAGAGGGACUUGAAAAUAUUUGUGCUGAAUAUUUUAAAGGUGAUUUUUAUUUUUUUUUCCUUGAAUUUGAAACAUAUUGAAAAAGUACAUUUAAAACUUUUGAGUGAUAAAAUUACAGCAAAGAUCCAAAAGAUUUAAAAGUUGAU